CAACAUUGCAACAAAAAUUAAAGGGAACCCGUAACCACAAAAGUCAUGGGCGUAGUGAACAAUUUUAUUUAAAAACCCGUUAUGGUGUACCAUAGAAAUUAAUUCCCUAUAAAAAUGGACAAACAUAAACUGAAAAUGUUUUAAAAUAAAUAUAGUUCGAUAUGUAGUCAAAAAACCCCUCAGUAAUCCACCCCUGCUUAAGGCAAAAGUCAAAGUCAUCUAGACGGAUAAUUUCUUCCUGUGCAUCAGCGGGCGAUUGUAAUGCGAUCCGUGGCCACUCCAGUGCAGUCAUUCAGGCCAGAAAUCUGGAAUCCCAAGUGCUGGGACACAUGAAUGCGUUUCAUUGCCUAUUUUUAAACAUAACAUUCCAUUUCAAGUGAUAAGGCCACCAGAAAAUAGUUCUCUUUGCCCGUUUGCAUGUGCAUUGCUGCGGCAGUAUGGGUGCGUGUAUCUCUGUGUGUAUGUGUCGCAUUACUCAUGCGCUCUCACUCCAAGCGUCGUUUGGUAUAUUCGCGGCUCUCGUCCGGUAUUUUCCAGGGUCACACUGCGCCUGAGCUGGGGCGUUGUUGUUGCCUGCGAGAGCGGAGCAGAAGUAUUUAUCGCGUUGCAGCGCACGGUCCUACUGACACAGAAAAUGCAAGAAAAGUAAGAGCGUAAAAGAGCUGGCGUAGGCGUGACAAAAGCGGUGAAAAAGCAACGGUUCUGUGCAAGCAAAGUGAAUAAAUACAGUGAAGCCCACCUGCGAACGAAUAUCGAAGGCUCAAAGGCGAAUUUGGCGCUAUUCCAAUGAAUAGUCCUCGCUCGAACGCGGUUAAUGGCGGCAGCGGCGGCGCCAUCUCCGCUCUGCCCAGCACUCUGGCCCAACUGGCUCUGCGCGACAAGCAGCAGGCUGCGUCGGCAUCGGCGUCCUCUGCCACGAACGGCAGCAGCGGCAGCGAGUCCUUGGUGGGCGUCGGUGGACGACCGCCCAAUCAGCCGCCCAGUGUGCCAGUGGCCGCCAGUGGCAAGCUGGACACCAGCGGCGGAGGCGCCUCCAACGGCGACUCGAACAAACUGACCCACGAUCUGCAGGAGAAGGAGCACCAGCAGGCGCAGAAGCCACAGAAGCCACCGCUCCCGGUGCGCCAGAAGCCCAUGGAGAUCGCCGGCUAUGUGGGCUUCGCCAACCUGCCCAAUCAGGUCUAUCGCAAGGCCGUCAAGCGGGGAUUCGAGUUCACUCUGAUGGUGGUGGGCGCCAGUGGGCUGGGCAAGUCGACGCUGAUCAACUCCAUGUUCCUGUCGGACAUCUACAACGCGGAACAGUAUCCGGGCCCCUCGCUGCGCAAAAAGAAGACCGUGGCCGUGGAGGCCACCAAAGUAAUGCUCAAGGAGAACGGCGUCAAUCUGACACUCACGGUGGUGGACACACCCGGAUUCGGUGAUGCCGUUGACAACAGCAACUGCUGGGUGCCCAUACUGGAGUACGUGGAUAGCAAGUACGAGGAGUACCUGACAGCCGAGUCGCGGGUGUACCGAAAAACCAUUUCGGACAGCCGGGUGCACUGCUGCCUCUACUUCAUAGCGCCAUCGGGACACGGACUCCUGCCGCUGGACAUUGCCUGCAUGCAGAGCCUGUCGGACAAGGUAAAUCUGGUGCCGGUGAUCGCCAAGGCGGACACCAUGACGCCCGACGAGGUGCAUCUAUUUAAGAAGCAGAUCCUUAACGAGAUCGCCCAGCACAAGAUCAAGAUCUACGACUUCCCCGCCACGCUGGAGGAUGCGGCCGAGGAGGCCAAAACCACGCAGAAUUUGCGCAGCCGAGUGCCAUUCGCGGUGGUGGGUGCCAACACCAUCAUCGAGCAGGACGGAAAGAAGGUCCGGGGUAGGCGUUAUCCCUGGGGCCUGGUGGAGGUGGAGAACCUGACGCAUUGCGACUUUAUAGCGCUGCGCAACAUGGUCAUACGCACGCACCUUCAGGACCUCAAGGACGUGACGAACAACGUCCACUACGAGAACUACCGCUGCCGGAAGCUAUCCGAGCUGGGAUUGGUGGACGGCAAGGCCAGGCUGUCCAACAAGAACCCACUCACCCAGAUGGAGGAGGAAAAGCGGGAGCACGAGCAGAAGAUGAAGAAGAUGGAGGCCGAGAUGGAGCAGGUGUUUGACAUGAAGGUCAAGGAGAAGAUGCAGAAGCUCAGGGACUCGGAGCUGGAGCUGGCGCGGCGCCACGAGGAGCGCAAGAAGGCGCUGGAGCUGCAGAUCCGGGAGCUGGAGGAGAAGAGACGCGAGUUCGAGCGCGAGAAGAAGGAGUGGGAGGAUGUCAACCACGUGACGCUCGAGGAGCUCAAGCGACGCAGCCUGGGGGCCAACAGCAGCACGGACAAUGUGGAUGGCAAGAAGGAGAAGAAAAAGAAGGGUCUGUUCUAAGUCAACACGCUCAAAACCCCCAUUCCCCAAACCCCCUUCCGCUCCUCGUAUACUUAAGCGCUAAUCUCGAGAACAAAGCAAAUGAAAACCCUAGCGUAUCCUACUCUUAUUCCUACCACAUAAAGUAAUUCGAAAAGUGCAUAAAUAUAUCUAUUGUUGGGCCCAGCCGCCCCACAAGGCUUCUAUUCGCACAGCAAUCGUCCAGCGACGGCGUUGCAUUUGUUUUCUACAUACUAUACAAGUACAUAUAACACAUAGCAGUUGCAGUAUUUUACCAAUAUAUAUCCACGCAUUACUUGACGAAACACAUUUGCUAGCCUAAUGAAUUGAACACGCAAACGAAUUAAAUCGAGACAGUAACAAACGGUAUUUGCAAAAUACUUAAGUAUCUUAAAGCCUAAUCAUAAUAAAAACUAAGCAGAAUGUACGAGUGCGAGGCGAAAUUGAUCCUAAAAUUAAUUAUAACGAAUAACGAAUCCAUGUAUAACGUAUGCUAUUGAUAUUGUAAUUGUAUUUUACCUAUUAUGCAUAAAGUCAUUGAACACCCGAACACACACCAGCAAGGCAAAAGCCGCAAGCGCAGCAGAAAACAUCAAGAAACAAAAUAUACUCUUGCAUUUU